AAGAGGAUGGUAAGUCGUAAAAAUUAGGCAAUUUUGAUUGGGGGCGAAAAUCUGAAGAAGCAUUGAAUGGUUAUAAAUAAUUGUUAACGUUCACCAGAAAACAAACAUCAAAAGAGAGCUUAUAACAUAAUCCAGGUGAUUUUGGCAUGAUUCAGCGAGAGUUGUAGGGCAGCAUGACAAACGACCAAGAAUUCCACGCAGACUGCCCGAGAGCCGACAGAAACAUGGGAGCUUCCAUGAUAGCUAUAUUCUUCUUCACCGUGGCGGCGACAGCCAGUUUGCUGGUGGUCCACGUGUACGGCGUGCCCAAGAGAGCCGAUCAUUUCCCCCGCAAGAAUGUGUACCUGCACCAAAUGCAGCAGAUUAGAGCCGCAUCCGAUUCUUGGUCAAGUCCGCCGCGCCCUACCACGGAGAUGCGCAGUCUUCAACAAGACUCGCCUCCUCCAUCAUCUUCUGCGACUGGACCACGUGUUUAUCACGUGACAGCUUACGGGGCAGAUCCGACGGGCCAAAAUGACAGCACGGAUGCGAUUCUGAAAGCGAUUGGCGACGCCCUCAACGGCCCCGGCAAAGGGGUGUUGUGCGAGGGCAUCGUCAAUCUUGGUGGAGCUCGCAUUGAUCUCGACGGUGGAAAUUACUUGAUCACCCGCCCCCUCCUCUUUCCCAUCUCCGGAAGAGGAAACCUAGCCAUUCAUGGGGGUUCACUCACAGCAUCAAACGACUUCCCAAACGACGCCUAUUUAAUAGACUUAUCUUCUAAAUCUUCCUCCUCUGCAUACAACUACGAAUUCAUUACACUGAGAGACCUACUGCUCGACUCCAACUACAGAGGCGGUGGAAUUAAGGUCACAAACUCUCUCCGAACUACCAUCGACAACUGCUACGUUACUCACUUCAACACCACCGGAAUCCUCGCCCAAGGCGGCCACGAAACCUACAUCAGAAACUCCUACCUCGGCCAGCACAUCACCGCCGGCGGCGACUCCGGCGAGCGAGAAUUCUCCGGCACCGCCAUUGUCCUCGCGGGAAACGACAACCUCGUCACGGACGUCGUCAUUUUCUCCGCCCAAACCGGAAUUCUCAUCACCGGCCAAGCCAACCUCAUCUCCGGCGUCCACUGCUACAACAAGGCCGCCGGAUUCGGCGGCGUGGGGAUCUACAUCCAACUCCCCGGCCUGACGCAGACGCGCAUCGUGAAUUCCUACAUGGACUACACCGGCAUCGUGGUUGAGGAUCCGGUGCAGCUCACCAUCACCAACACAUUCUUCCUCGGAGAUGCAUUCGUCCUCUUCAAAUCGGUCAAAGGCGUCAUGAGCGGCGUCACCGUCGUGGACAACAUGUUCGCCGGCUCCGACAAAGGGAUCGAGAUCGUGCAGAUGCAAGGGCAGUUCAACCAAGUCGAUCAGGUGGCCAUCGACAGGAACAGCGUGCGAGGAAUGACGAUCAAGACGACGAUCGCCAGGGCCAGCGUCGAGGGCACCGGAACCUCGUGGACGGCGGAUUUGAAGGCGCCGCUGCUCUUCCCCAACCUCAUCAAACAGGUGCAGUACACGUUCAUCACCGAUGCGGCGUCGUUUCCCACUCAUUUUCUGCGGAAUGUUUCCGACAACAAAGUUGUCAUUCAGUCCGACGUGGCGGUUCCGGCGAGGGUUUACAUUACUGCUGAUCAAGGGGGGUCUUAUUAUUCCUCUUCUUGAAUUAAACUAAAUUUAUUCUUUCCAACCUAAUUGGUGGGACAAACUUCAAUUGUAAAACUAGGGACCUGAGAGCGUGCAUGUUUAUCGCUGUAAUUUCCCUGUUUCGCCUACAAAUAAUAUAUUUAUAUUAGUUUGAUUCA